AUGCCACCAAGAAGAGAGAACCCCGAAGUUGCACGACUUGUGUCAGAGCAACUAUUGGCCGCAUUACCCAACAUUGUCAGUCAAGUGGCGGCAGGGCUUAAUGCGAACCAAUCAUCAAACCCUGAACCUAGACCACCCAGAGAAUGCACUUACAAGUCCUUCAGAUCUUGCAAUCCAAAAGAAUUCCGUGGGACUGAUGGGGCUGUAGGAUUAUUGACAUGGAUAGAGAGUAUGGAAUCCGUCCUCCAUAUUAGCAAGUGCUCUGAAACAAACAAAGUAGAAUAUGCAGCUUGUUUGUUGCAAGGAAGGGCACUCACCUGGUGGAAUGCAUUGGUACAGGCCAGAGGUCGAGAAGUGGCUAAUCAACUACCAUGGGAGGAGUUCAAGAAACUCCUCAAGGCCGAAUACUGCCCCAGAAGCAAACUCCAGAAGCUAGAAAUGGAGUUAUGGAAUCACGAAAUGAAAGGGGAUGAUAUAGCUGUGUAUACGGCUCGAUUCCAUGAGUUGGCAAAUCUAGUGCCACACCUAAUGACACCAGAGGAAGUUCGCAUUGAGAGGUAUAUUUGGGGGUUGUCACCAGAAAUUAGGGGAAACAUCACCUCGGCCAACCCGAAGACGCUUAAAGAAGCCAUCAUUAUUGCAACCAAACUCACGACUAACGCGGUUCGUUCAGGAGAAUUUUCCAAGGGGAAAAGAAAGGUGAAGGAGUAUGGAAAUCGAAGACUUGGGGGAAAAUAUGACAAGAAUAGGAGAACGAUAGGAAAUUUCGGAGCACAGACUCAGAAGGUGAAUCAAAGAGAUAAGGCCAAGUGCAAUAGAUACAAAUACCCGCACUGGGGAAACUACUUCACUUGUCAAAGGUGCCAUCUCGGGGGUCAUACAGCAAAGGAUUUUCGGAAAUGA